ACCAGAGAGACCCUAUAGCAGUAUUUAUGCAUUACUCAAUGGAAGAAUUUCCCAUUUCAAACUUACUAUUAAGAAUUGAUUGCCACUCUUGUUCAAGGAGCAAGGGCAUCUCCUGAUCCCCAGAUAACACCGAUGGAGAACAGGACAGAAGUGACAGAGUUCAUCCUCCUAGGACUAACCAAUGCCCCAGAGCUGCAAGUCCCCCUGUCUACCAUGUUCAUUCUCAUCUACCUCAUUAAUGUGGCUGGAAACCUGGGGAUGCUUGUGCUGAUUCUCAUGGACUCUCGGCUCCACACUCCCAUGUACUUUUUCCUUGGUAACUUGUCUCUGGUGGACAUCUGUUACUCCUCAGCCGUCACUCCCACAGCUGUGGCUGGGCUCCUUACAGGAAACCAAGUCAUUUCCUACAAUGCUUGUGCUGCUCAGAUGUUCUUAUUUGCAGCCUUUGCCACUGCAGAAAAUUUCCUGUUGGCCUCCAUGGCCUAUGAUCGCUAUGCAGCGGUGUGCAAGCCCCUCCACUAUGCCACCACCAUGACGACGACUGUGUGCGCGUCUCUAACCAUAGCUUGCUAUGCUGGUGGCUUUUUGAACGCCUCCAUCCAUACUGGGGACACUUUCAGCCUCACCUUCUGUGAGUCCAAUGUGGUCCAUCACUUUUUCUGUGAUGUUCCAGCAGUCAUGAUCCUCUCCUGCUCUGACAGAUAUGUGAGUGAGAUGGUUCUUGUUUAUGCAGCAAGCUUUGUUAUCUGUUUUGCCCUUGUUGUUAUCUUGAUAUCCUAUAUGUUCAUCUUCAUGACCAUCUUAAAGAUGCGUUCAUCUGCAGGAUACCAGAAGGCUAUGUCCACCUGUGUGUCUCACUUCACUGCAGUCUCCAUUUUCUAUGGGACAUUAAUUUUCAUGUACCUACAGCCAAGCUCCAGUCAUUCCAUGGACACAGACAAAAUUGUAUCUGUGUUCUAUACUAUGGUUAUCCCCAUGCUGAACCCUGUGGUUUAUAGCCUGAGAAACAAAGAAGUGAAAAAUGCAUUCAAAAAGGUUGUAGAGAAGACAAAAUAUUCUUUAGGAUUUUGA